AUGGAGAGCGCGCUACGAUUCUUUGCCUUGACCGGCCUUUUGAUGGCCUCGACGACCACGGCUCGUGAUGUACCACAGAAUGUCAGGGACUUGUACAAUUCGAUCCGCAGUCAGGGCUCGUGCAAGAACCAGCUCAAGGGCGGAUUCUACAGCCAGGAGGGAGAUUCCAAGAACUUUGGAUACUGUGGCGACCACCUUGCAGACUACAAAAUCAUGUAUCUCCAGGGCAAGAAUGGCGAGUUGGUGAACAUGGACAUUGACUGCGACGGUGCCCUCGGUGAGGGCGACGGCAGCUGUGACAGCUCGGGUGAUACCCAGCCUCAGACGACCUUCCAGGAGACCGUUGCCGGCUACAACAAGGGAAUCAAGGACCUGAAUGCCUAUAUCCACUCAUUUGUCGUCUUGGGCAACGACGGCAGCAAGAAUGGGUACAUUGAGUUCAAGCCAGAGCAAUACGGCAUCGAGCCCCUGUCCACUGUUGCCGUGGUGUGCGGCGACAAGAUGUUCUAUGGUGUCUGGGGAGAUACCAACGGCGAUGACGGCCCGCCGCUCAUUGGCGAGGUGUCCGAUUCCCUCGGUCGCGCAUGCUACGGCAGCGCCGUGAACGGCAACGCAGCGCACGACGAGAACGACGUGCUGUACAUUGCGUUUACUGGCUCCGACGCUGUUCCGGGGGCGAACGGUGCCAAGUGGAAUGCCAAAAGCUUUUCCGAGUUUGAGUCCUCCCUCGGGUCCCUGGGGGACAAGCUCGUGCAGCGUAUUGCUGGCGGCGGCGGCGGCGGAUCGCCUGGAGAUCCACCAGCCUCGGACUGCUCCUGGGAGGGCCACUGCCUGGGGGACAAAUGCUCCAAGGACGGCGACUGUGACGGCGAGUUGGUCUGCAAGGCGAAGAAAUGCGCCGUAGAUGCGUGA